GUUUGGGUAUUUGAAUUGUAAUUAUUUCCUCUCUCUGUCUCUUCUUUUAUUUUAUUUUUCCUGUAUCCUUGACACAAUUUUCGCGGUAAUCCGAUUUCUCUGCCUGGCUAUUGCUUAUUUUCCUCUCAAUUCUUUCUCUUGUUUUCUUCGUUUCUUUGGUUUUGUUCGUGAUUUUUUGUGAAUUUUCGGGGUCCUCAUUGAGGUGGUGAAGGUUUUGAAUUGUUGAGGGAAUGUUGUUAGGUAGUAGGAGUAGUUAAGGUCAGAAAAAGCAGAGAGAGAUGGAUUCGGCGAGGAGUUGGUUUCAGAAGUUUCAACCGCGAGAUAAGUUGAGGGCAUCAACUAAGAACAAGGAGACCUGUGGGGAAGGGGAAGAGGAAGGCAAUGCACGAACAGCAGCAGAUGACGAAGCUCUCUCCAAUAUCACAAAGCAAAAGGUUGCUGCGGCCAAGCAGUACAUCGAGAACCAUUACAAGGAGCAAAUGAAGAACCUGCAGGAGAGAAGGGAACGACGAACUAUCCUGGAAAAGAAAUUGGCAGAUGCUGAUGUGUCCGAGGAAGAUCAAAACAAUUUACUUAAGUUUUUGGAGAAGAAGGAAACUGAAUACAUGCGCCUUCAGAGGCAUAAAAUGGGCGUCGAUGAUUUUGAGUUACUGACAAUGAUUGGCAAGGGAGCAUUUGGGGAGGUUAGGGUUUGUAAAGAGAAAACAACUGGCCAAGUAUAUGCUAUGAAGAAGCUGAAGAAGUCAGAGAUGCUUCGUAGGGGGCAGGUUGAGCAUGUGAAAGCUGAAAGGAAUCUGCUUGCAGAGGUUGACAGCAACUGCAUUGUCAAACUCUAUUGUUCUUUUCAAGAUGAUGAGUUUCUUUAUCUCAUUAUGGAAUAUUUACCUGGUGGGGAUAUGAUGACUUUACUCAUGAGAAAAGAUACCUUGACUGAAGAUGAAGCCAGAUUUUAUGUUGCAGAGACUGUUCUGGCUAUUGAAUCUAUCCAUAAGCACAAUUAUAUUCAUAGGGAUAUCAAGCCUGACAACUUGCUACUUGAUAGAUAUGGACACUUGAGACUUUCAGAUUUUGGAUUGUGCAAACCUUUGGACUGCAGUACUCUCCAAGAAAAAGAUUUCUCAAAUAACAAUCCUAAUGGGGCUACACCGAAUGAUGAACGCCCUGCCCCUCCAAAACGCACCCAGCAGGAGCAGCUACAGCAUUGGCAGAAAAACAGGAGAACACUUGCUUAUUCUACUGUUGGAACACCAGACUAUAUUGCUCCUGAAGUACUACUGAAGAAAGGUUAUGGGAUGGAAUGUGAUUGGUGGUCGUUAGGUGCUAUCAUGUAUGAGAUGCUUGUGGGCUAUCCUCCCUUUUAUUCUGACGACCCAAUGUCAACAUGUAGGAAGAUAGUAAACUGGAGAACUCAUUUGAAGUUUCCUGAAGAAGCAAAGUUAUCACCCGAGGCAAAAGAUAUUAUCAGUAAACUCUUGUGUAAUGUCAACCAAAGAUUAGGUUCAAAAGGCGCAGAUGAAAUAAAGGCUCAUUCAUGGUUUAAAGGUAUUGAAUGGGAGAGACUAUAUCAAAUGGAAGCCGCAUUUCUUCCCGAGGUCAAUGAUGAGUUGGAUACUCAAAACUUUGAAAAGUUUGAAGAGUCUGAGCACCAGACUCGAUCUUCAUCAAGACCCGGCCCAUGGAGAAAGAUGCUCUCAUCGAAGGACAUAAAUUUUGUGGGGUACACAUAUAAGAAUUUCGAAAUUGUCAACGAUUAUCAAGUGCCUGGGAUGGCGGAGUUGAAGAAGAAGAAUACCAAACCAAAGAGGCCAUCCAUCAAGUCACUUUUUGAAUGCGAGUCAGAUACAUCAGAGACGUCGGAUACUGCCAGUAACGAUCAAUCAGUUCAAGGGAGCUUUUUGAAUCUCUUGCCUCCCCAACUGGAGGUUUCUCCAAGUCAGAAUAAAUCCCAGUAACCUUGCUCACUGGCUGACCGUAUUAUGACAUUAUGAGUGGUUAGAUGUAGUAGUUCUUGACGCCGCCUUCCAUAUUUUGAUUCGUUAGUUGACUUGAGGUUGGGUUGGUGGAAACUCAAGCUCUGAGCCUUGUGGAAGGGUUGCUGGGUUAUGAAGCACUAUUUAGCUCCGGCCCAGGUACACUAAGAAUUCUCUAAAAAAGAUUUUCCUUUUCAGUUCUAUGUGAGAUGAACGAGAAAAAUGUAAAACCUGGAACGUAAAUAGUAUUCCAGUUACAUAGGUUAUGUAAUUUAUUAGUCGUUUUUCGUUCGCAAAAUGUUGUACAAAAAGAGGCUUACUUUUACUGUGUAUACAGAAUGUUCUUCUGGGUAAGCAUAGCAAAACAUUUUGUUU